AUGUUAAAACACAGCCUAUUUUUCUUCACUUUUGGACUGACUUUAACUGGAAAACCUUUUGGGAUAAAAGGUAUCUCUUUAUUUUCAGGUGUAUCUUCUGAACAGCCAUCCAGACUUUCUGCAUUAGAAAUAAUUAUUCCUCAUCUGACAGGCAGAGAAAAACAUCACCCAUUUUAUCAUGAGGAGCUUCCUGAUGAUAAUCUUUCUUACUCAGUUAAAACCAGAAAUGGAACAUAUCUCCUAAAAUUGAAGAGAAACAAAAAGCUUGUUAGUGAAGACUUUAUGCUCUACACAUAUGGGGAAAAUGGGAAAGUGGAGGCAACACAAUCAAAAAAUGAGACACACUGUUAUUAUCAUGGCACUGUUGAAGGAAUUGCUGACUCGGUGCUCGCUCUUAGCACAUGUGAUGGCCUCAGAGGAAUUCUCUUCAUUGAUGGCAAAUGGUAUGGAAUGGAGCCACUCAACGCAUCCAGCACAUUUGAACAUGUGUUUUACCAGUUAGAAGAUAUGCAGGAUAUCCCCUUCCAGUGUGGUGUGCUGAACAGCAGCCUUCAUCACGAGAUGUUUGUGAAGCAGCCUGUGAAAUACACCUUUGUACCAAACAGUACCUCUAGCAGGGAGAAGCUUUUGAGGUUUUUGAUGAAGAAAUCUGAUCCUGCUGCGGUGCAAAAGGAAACUGUUGAGCUGAUUAAUUAUGUUGAUGGGAUGUAUGGAGCAUUAAACAUCCAGAUUGUUCUGGUUGGAUUAGAGAUCUGGACAGAUACAAACCACAUAUCUGUGAUGGAAGGUUCAGCUGGAGAUGUACUCAGUAGAUUUGUUUCUUGGAGACAGAAAGAUCUUCUUAAACGAUCAAGAAAUGAUGUUGGCCAUCUCAUCAUAGGGAGAAGCUCUUACAGUGGAUCCAUUGGAAUGGCUUUUGUGGGUACCGUCUGCUCACAAGUCCAGGGAGGGUCAAUCAGCACUUUGAAUCAUGACAAUGUGUUACGUCAUGCUACAGUAGUUGCUCAUGAAUUGGGGCAUAAUCUUGGAAUGAAACAUGAUGACACAAGGUGUCCUGCAUCCUAUAUUAUGCACAGCACAGAUAAUGGAUCCAGGAAUUUCAGCACUUGCAGUGCUGAUGAUUUUGAGAACCUUAUUCUCAGUGGAGGAGGAAACUGCCUCAGAAAUCCUCCCAUAACAAGUAAUGUUUACAAGGAACCUGUCUGUGGUAAUAAUGUGGUUGAUAGCAACGAAGAAUGCGACUGUGGCAAACCAGAGGAAUGUACUAACCCUUGCUGUGAUGCUGCAACCUGCAAACUCACGCCUGGAUCGCAAUGCGCUCAAGGACUGUGCUGCAAAAAUUGCAAGUUUAAAGUGGCAGGAGCAGAGUGCAGAUCAAAAAUGGACUUCUGUGACCUACCUGAAUACUGCAAUGGAAGCAAUGCCUACUGCCCAGAGGAUGUUUAUAUCAUGAAUGGUUACCCGUGCAGCAACAUGAAGGCUUAUUGCUACUAUGGAGUAUGCCAGAGUUUUGAUUCCCAGUGUGAAUCUAUAUAUGGAAAAGGGGCACGAAAAGCUCCUGAUGCAUGCUUUGAAAGAGCAAAUAUUAAAGGAGACAGGUUUGGAAACUGUGGAAUGGAAGGUGGAGUGUACAAGAAAUGUCCUGUUCAGCAUAGUCUGUGUGGCAAGCUCCAGUGCACAUCUGUUAGUCUUCAAAACCUUCCUGCCUGGAGCGUUGUCAACAACGCAUCUGGGGUUUUAUGCUGGUCUUCUGACUUUGACUUAGGAUCAGAUGUUCCUGAUCCUGCUCAAGUUCAUGAUGGAACAGCCUGUGGAGAAAAUAAGGCCUGUGUGGAUUUUGAAUGUGUUGAUGCCAGUAAUCUGGGCUACAGCUGUGAUGUAAAGCAGCAGUGUCAUGACAACGGGGUGUGUAACAACAACGGGAAUUGCCACUGUAACUCUGGAUGGGCGCCUCCGUUCUGUAACCGGUCGGGCUACGGGGGCAGUGUUGACAGUGGUCCAGCUCACAUAGAUACAUCACUUAGGGAUGGUCUCCUUAUUUUUUUCCUCCUUGUGGUGCCAGUUGUAAUCAUGACUGUAGUAGCAGUCAUUAAGCGUGAUGCAAUAAGAAGGAAGUUUUGCAGGAAAAGGAGAAGACAACACAGGGAUAACAACGUGGAGCAACCAAAGCAAAAUAACACACCAAGUCGUAACACGAGAAGUAACCAGCCUGCCACAUCAACUCCUGAUUUUUUUACUGUGCUGCAUUUUCCUGGACAAAGGCAGCCAGUGCAAACCCAGUUUCCAGCAGCUCCUUCAGGCCCUCAGCGACCUGCAGUCCCACCUAGACCAGCUGCCUGA